GCUCAAACCCGGAGAUUGCUAAUUAAGCAAGUUAGUGCAGACGUCGUCACCAAGCGUGAGACACUGACUAUAGCAGAUAUAUUCAGUUACAUGAAGCAAGAAUCUGCAAAGGAUGCCUUUUUUGAAUGCACUGCUACUAUCGAUGAUGUUGUUCAUGGCUCAGCUUGGUACUAUAUUGGAUGCAGUGGAUGCCAUGCUAAGGCUACCAAAGGCGCAACAUCUUUGGUUUGUACAAACACGAAAUGUGAGAAGAUCAACACAGCUGGUGUCCCUCAGUACCGUGCAAAGAUAUCUGUUUAUGACAACAGUGACCAAGCCGUUUUUGUCCUACUAGGUGAUGCUGGUCGUGUGUUAACCGGAAGGCACGCAUCAGAGUUAGUUGAUGACAAUAAACAUAAAAACAAGAAGCAUUUGUAA